ACUCAACAGGAAUUGGAUCAACAUGAAUAACACCGAGGACAAGAAUAAAACCACUCAGGAGCCGGAGACUCCUGUCGGCGACCACAGAUGCAUCUUCAUCCCUCCCCAACUUUUAGCUGCUGUCGCUGGAAGCAGCAGCCAGCAAGAGAAUCAUGCCAGCGCCCCUGACGCAGUUUUCCAGCUUCAAAUCACCAACAGCACUUCCGCGAUUGACGACCGAGAGGAGAUCAGUCUCUCCGUGAAAAAGGCCCUGGACAGCAUCACCCACGCCCAAGUUCCAGCAACCGGGCGCAACCGGCAGGUCUAUGACCUCCAGUUCAACAAGCACCCUUCUGCCUUCCCCGGCGUCCUCGUGCGAUCUGAAGGCGAGCCCAGCUGCGGGGACAAGACCGCCGACGCCCUCUACGACAACAUGGGUGUCGUGUACGACUUUUUCGAGCAGGCCUUUGGCGAUGCCAACAUCUUCCGCGACCACCACCCGCCCAUCGGCAUCGUGCACUACGAUUUCUACUAUGCCGGCGCCUGGUUCCACGUGCCCUACCCGUCCGACUCCCCCAUUUCCAGGCACCAGGCCCUCAUAUGCGGCGACGGCUGGGACAACGACCCCUGGAACCAAGGCGGUGCGCUGAAGACGUACGGGGGCUGCUUCGGCAACUUCGCGGCCAGCAUCGAGGUUGUGGCGCACGAGAUGGCGCACGGGUUCGUCAACGCCGUGUGUGGGCUCGGCCUGGGGGGAGAGCCGGGGAUCAUCCACGAGCACCUCGCCGACGUGUUUGGCAUCAUGUGCGAGCAGUUUAGUAAGGGGCAGACGGUUGAAGAGGGAGAUUGGUUGGUCGGGGAGGACCUCGUCGCGCCCGAGUGGAAGGGGGUGGCGAUGCGGUCCUUUAAGGCACCCGGAACGGCGUACCUCCUGAAACACAUCGGGAUCGGCGACGAUCCGCAGGUUGGGCACAUGAAGCGGUUCUAUUCAGGCACGCAAGACGGCGGGGGGGUGCAUAUCAACUCGGGAAUUCCAAAUCGGGCGUUUCAUCUCGUCGCAACCGGGCUGGGAGACAAGUUCUCAUGGGAAAGGGCCGGGCGGAUCUGGUAUGCGGCUCUCACGCGGGGGGCGGUCGCGCCGGACUGUGGCUUGGAGCGAUGGGCGAUGCUUACACUGCGGGCGACGAAGAAGACGCUGAAGUAUGGCCCUGUUGCUGUGCAGGUUGUCUGGAACGCUUGGAAGGAGGUUGGUAUCAUUUUGCCGGCUGAGAUGGUAUCUUGA